AUGUCUAAUACACUAAUAUUUUUUUCCAUUUUCUGUAUUUACGUCGGUGUCGAGGGAACACCGCGAUUAGUGGGUGGGGAGAGAAUUCCUAUUGAAUUAGGAAAGUUUCAUGCAUCACUUCAAAAUGUCACUCGACAUCAUGUCUGUGGGGGUGCUAUAAUAUCUCAAAGGCAUGUCGUUACAGCUGCUCACUGCGUUUUCAACGCAGACCCGAAAUAUAUACAUGUAGUUAUUGGAACUGCUAAUUUGGAUAACGGUGGAUUGAUGUACAGAGUUGAAUCAAUACAUGUUCACGAUUAUUAUAACAGCACUCUAAGAUUAAAUGAUAUAGCGAUAUUAAAAAUUAGGGGCCUUUUUAAUUUAUGCAAAGGUAAAAUGCUGCGACUUGAUACCGAAAAAUUAAAGGAAGGAGAUAAUGUUACCGUCGUUGGGUUUGGUGCGAAAAAGCCGAAUGGAGAAUCAGCCCGCAAAAUGAACGCUUUAAAUCUGACAGUAUUCAGCCAGGAAACUUGUCAGUAUGCAAUGCGAUACACAAAAGAGAUUUACGACACCAUGUUCUGUACGUUCACAGGAAUUGGACAGGGUACUUGCCACGGUGAUUCUGGUGGACCACUAGUUAAAGACAAUAAACUGGUUGGAAUAGUUUCUUGGGGAAUACCAUGUGCCGUUGGUUUUCCAGAUGUCCAUACAAGAAUACAACCUUAUAUACCAUGGAUACAAAAUAUAAUGGAUAAAGUUUCUUGUGGCUCAUGUCGUAUAUAA